UACAUAGAUUCCGGAUCCCGGUUUUCAGUAUUUUCCCAAUCCAUCAUGAAUUCUACGGAAGUGGACAGAAUUUAGAUCCAGGUGACUUCGCGAGCACGCUUUGUUCUCGGUGAAAAAACAUAAAACUAUAACAAAAAUGCCUCAAAAGCCAAAGAAGAAGCCACAAACACCGGCCAGCCAAGCUGAAAGUGUCACAGUGCAAAAUGCUGAGAAUCUGAUGUCAACCUUUAUAAAAUACUACAAGGGUAUUGGCUUGGUACCAGAGGAAGAGUGGAAACAUUUCUUCACAAGUUUGUUUACAGACUUGCCAUUCACCUUCAGAAUCUGUGAAAAUCAUAGAAAGAUCAACAAUGUCCUUGAAGGAAAACCAGGAACUCUUGGUCAAGCUGAAGUGUUAAGGGAGUUUCUCAGAAAUAGUGUUUUCCCUAAGGUUGCAAAUGUAAGUGUGAACGAUGUGCCAUUUGAAGUCACCCCCUUACCAUGGUACCCGAAACAGCUAGCCUGGAAAACAAAUGUGGACCAGAAGACAUUCCAUCAGUGUCCAGAGUUGAAACCAAUUAGUAACUUUGUAGUCCAAGAAGACAAAGCUGGCUUUGUGUCGAAGCAGGAGAUUUCCAAUAUGAUCCCACCCCUGCUUGUGGACAUAAAUCCUAAUCACAAG